AUGGCUACUCUACGAGAACUGUUCACCACUGCCGAAGGCUGCGAUCUCAUCAUCAUCUGCCAAGGAGAGUUUUUCUUCGUCCACAAGGCAGUCAUCGGCCCUCAAUCAGCCGUGUUGAAGACUGAGGCGUGUAACUCUUCGUUCCUCAAUGGCGAGGCUUACCUUGUGGACGACGAUGUCCCCUUGACCGUCUUUCGCAAGAUCCUCGCGUUUCUCUACUGUGGGGAUAUCUCUGGGUUCCCGGAACUCCUGCGUCCAGCUGGCCCUCAAUGGCUUCCGCCACCUCUGGAAUACUUCGCCCGCACAUUUCCUCAUACUGACAGAUUCCUGAGAACUGUGAUUGGCAAACCUAUAGCCAAAACAGACAACGGCCUUCCUUCGGCGGAACUGGAUAUGAUCAGCAACACUCGUAAAUGGUCUGUAUUGACGGAGAAACAACGUGUGAUGAAGGAUCUUUACGAUGAAAAGUCCUGCAAUUCUCCCACCGAGGUUUCCCAAGAGCUGGACAUCUUCGCAGCAGCUCAGCAGCUAAAAAUCACUUCUUUGGAAGCAUUGGCCAUGAAAAAGGUUCUUGCAUGGUUCGAGAAGGAGCUACAGCUGGGACGUCCUCUCUCUGAAGAUCUGCAUAAGAUAGCAGACUUGGUGUUGCGGAAGGAAAAGGCAUUUGUCAAGCCAUUCUUCAGUCUCUACGCAAAGUUCUUUCCGGCAUUAGGAAUGGACCUCUCCCUGUCCAGGCUCAUGAAGGAUUUGGACCGAACCACCUUCGACCUGUUCGCCCAGCUCCAUCCCAACUGGAUAACUGAACGCAAUCGGUUGAACGAAACAAACGAACAGAACAGGCAGAGAGCCAAAGCACUCGAAGGCGAGAUCGAGCUUCUCAAAGGCCAAUGCACGUCUUCCGAGAAUACAUACAAAAAGGAUAUGGAAACCGUGAAAGAGGCUUUAAAAACAGCACAGGUGAAUGAAAUUGCUUCUGCAGCCAAGGCGGAGUUGCUCGAAAGACUAAACAAGUCUCUGCAAAUGGACUUGCUCAUGGCCAAGGUCUCAAAUCUAAAGACCAAAGAGAGCAACCUUCCAAAAGCAGACAAUCAGCCCAAGAUUGACACCGCUGCUGAAGAUGCAGAGAAACUAAAGAAGCAGCUUAUAGAUGUCCAGUUGGCUCUGAAGCAGCACAAGGCAGACCAUCAAAAGCUCAAGAACGCUCUCAAGAAGGAGAAGGAGAAACUGAAAGACCAGUUGGAUGAUCUGAAAUAUGCUUUCAAGCAAUUCGUGGCAGAUGUCAAUGAGUCAGGCCGCUGUGCUGGUUGCAAACGUGAGUGGAACUUCACACUCGGCCACGACCAUUACACUGCUAUCAACAUCAGCUGCAAGCUUUGCCGCAAGGACGCCUGGUACUAUUAA